CUGCAUUUUGAUUUUGCAAACGAGGUUUGUUCAACAACGAGCUCCAAGUUUGAGUUUGUAUUGAUAUGACAUGCAUCAAGUAGAGGUAUAGCUGCCCACUCAGUUCCAGUUUCCGUUUCGCAGUCCAUCUGUGAUAUCUCCAUGAUCUCACAACACCCACUUUUCUGAGUCCAACUCCAAUGUCGCAGAUCAUCAAGGUAAUAAAAUCGCGACAAAAGAAUUCAAAGUCUCCUGAUAACAAACAAAAAUUUGAUCAGCACCGGUCUGAUUGUUGUCGCACUUGCAACAAGGGUGGCAACUAUAGUCUCGAUAAACCAAAACGCAAAAACCAAGACCAUGAGAAGUUAUCAGACCACGGCCCGGUGGUCAGGGACUACCACAUUGGGAACUGCACCGGCAUCCGCAUGUGCCGUCGCCUUCUACUUGAGACUCGUAUCGCGGGUCAUCGGGUGGACGAUCCUCGUUUAUGGGACCUUGAGCGCGGCGUCCCUUGCCUCCGCGUCUAAAAACGUCCCCGGCGUCGCCAGGGCCUUGUUGCAGCGGGCACACGCCAGCGGAACAGGAGCUGGCACAACUACAAGAAGCCGUCUGGUUAGCAAGCUGUUGCAGCUACAGAGCAAUCGGUACAGGCAUCGACCUGGAGCUGGUCCCCCGCCGCAACACUUGGGCAGCAAGCGCGUUUCGGUCUCAACUAGCCAUGGAGGGACUUGUUCGUCCUCUGCAACUACUACAAAUUCGGUCGUCGGAGGACCGGCGCUGCAGCAGUGUGGACGCUUCACUUGCAGCACAACUCGAGCUCUUCUUGCAGCGAAGCCAAUCCAACCUGUGAAGAUUGCGUCUGGCCCACGCAGGUUUCGAAUGAAGACCUGCAUAGCAGGAAGUGCUCUUGAUGAUGCAACGAUAGGAAGGGGAACAUCUGCUACCGAUGUAGAUGAAGAUGUUGAUGGACGACCUUCUUCUAACCGUGACGGGACGGAAACGGAAUCUCCUUCCGGCGCACCGGUGUCCACCAACCUUAUUGCGGCGAAGACACCAACAGGAUCGCUGCCCCGUGAUGAACAUGUACAUGGCGGUGGGCCGCGUGAUCCGCUUUCACUGCCCUGCGAUGCGCGUGACGAGGCAGCUCGGGAAACUACGUCCUCUUCAGCCAUUUCUAUUGACGAUCAGCUCGGCCAACAACAGGCAACCCUGGGCUACGCACUUGCGGAACAAGGAAACGACAAACAUAUGCAUUGCAACAGCACAAGCAUCUUCGUACUAGAAUGCACUGUACCACAAAUUCAAAUUUUCGCAUAAGAAAAGUCGAGUUUGUAAAAUGCUGAUUGAGGUUCUUGGGAAAGACAAAGAUAAAGAACUUUGUCAUGCAGGACUGCAAUUGAUUUAUAUUAUUUGUUUUGGAUACAUAGGAGUAGGCCUAGGCACUUAAGAUAGAAGUACUUUUGCAAUGGAUAAACAGUAACAUGACCCGACCGGCACAGCAAUCGAGCAGCAGUGCUCUGCCGACAGACCCUCUUUCGGGCGCAUCCCCGAGUUGUUCCUCCGUCGAGGCACUUCUUUCGAAAGAAUAUCAAGUGUAAAAAUGUCUGGGUCUGGAAGAUUCUGACACUUGUCAUGCACGUUUUGCAUGAGCCCUGAUGCCUGUAAUGCAUGCCCUAGCAUCACAGAUUUUGUGAGAUCUUCUUGGUGCCUAUUCCGCAUGACAAAUGCCCUCUCCGCGUAGCAAAAAUUGCAUUCCUUUUGGUACUCAUGCAAUACAGAUUCUUCUGGAAUCCAAAUGCAGCAUCACAAGUUGCAUUCUUCCAGACCCAGACAUUUUUACAUUUGAUAAAGAAAAGCAGCUUACGAUAUUGCGCAAAACGGACGAAGCAUCGUACAGAGGGGAAGGUGGCUUGCGAUUGCAGGACCGAUAUGAAAUGCAAAUGUGUCUGGGUCGGGAAACUUGUGAUGCUGGGUGGCGUAUCAUGAGGAGACCACAAGUGCUGGCACAGGAUGACAAGUUUUUGAGCUUUUAGGCAUUGGCGUUGCCUGUUCUGCAUGACAAACUGCGUAUCUGCAUGAGAGAAAAAUGGGGCUCUUGGGUAACGUGCAUGACAGAUUUAAGAGUCAUGCCAGACAAGCAUGACAAACAUGCAUUCAUCUUCCAGACCCAGACAUAUUUGCACUUGAUACCAGAAAGAUCAACGACCGUUUCUCAUCCGCAAUCGGCUGGAGCCCAACUUUAUCUUGUGCAAAAGUAUCGUACUCGUAGUAAUCGCAGUCGUGCAUUGGAAAUCUCCACCCCGAGGUAAAACAGCAUGACAAAUUCCAUUUGUCAUGCUGAGCCAAUUUGUAUGUAAUGCAAUUACUACGAAUACGAUACUUUUGCAAUGCAUAAACUUCCAAAGUGAAGUUGGAGAAAGCAGUAUCCAAGGAUAAAACAUUGUAAGGUGUAAGUAAGUAGCUUUUUUUUGCCGAAACAGCAUUACAAAUCUGUCUGGCAUGAUGAUAGCAAAAACCUGUCAUGCGCAGAGACGAGACAAUACGUGAAACCACGCAUGAAGGGGGCCUGUAAAAAUGCGUGACCAGCAUGACAGCCGUGCCGCAAGCUCAAUCAUCUUGCAUGUAGCGCAUCACAAAGUUAUACACCUCCUUUGCUUUUUUUGGUUGGAUAAGCAGAAAAAAAGAAAGAGGGGCAAACCGCCAGCGGGGCUCUGCCGACAGACCCUCUUUCUGGCGCAUCUUCGAGUUGUUCCUCCGUGUUGCCUAUCAGCUGUAAAAAUGUCUGGGUCUGGAAGGAUGCGAACUUGUGAUGCGCAUUUCACAACACAGACAAAUCUCUCAUGCAUAGGCAGCAAAAGGCGCCCAUUUCCUGUCACGAAAAUGGGGGAUUUGUCAUGCGGAUUAAGCAAAGCGGAAGCUUCUCGAAACCUAUGGUGCUAGGGCUUCCAUGAGAGACAUUUUGUGUCAUGCAAAAGCAGCAUGACAAAAAUCUGCAUUCUUACAGACCCAGACAUUUUUUACAUCUGAUAUUGCCCACCGCGACGGGUCAAUCGGACCGGAGAAAAAACACCGGUCCCAUCGAUUGGACUACGCACCUGGUGCCGCGCUCGUUGGCAGCGGCGGCUCGUGGUGCCGGAGCGGACGGGCCACGGGGUGCAAGGACUAGCGAGAUGGGGACACACUGCGCGGCGUCGAGACCUGCCGCUGGUGACGGCACUUGUCACGCUGGCACAAGAGGAGUGGGCUGCUCCAGAGAGAAUGCACAAGAACUGUUACAUGCUCCGCGACCACCGCCACCGGAGCAGUGCAACCUGCCGGUCGUUACCCUGCAACACUACUACGACUCCGUGAAUAAAUUCGUGAGUACCAGUCUGCAGAAACGGGCCGCCAUGCUGGAUGAAGUUUAUGAGAGUUGAUGCGCACAACCUCCCAACCGUCCCACUCAUCAAGGAGUGAUUGAAGGUGCAAGAUCAACAGCAGCAACCCAAGCAACGGAAGAAAUGGGCGGCCUUGCGCAUGACCAAUCUGCGCUCACUGAUUGUCGUACUGUAUCAGGUCGUUCCGAAAUUUAUCAUGCAAACAGUGCCUCCACGCGAGAGUUUGUCUUCGUGAUAGUGGUUGGUAAUUCUGCAUCACAAAUGAGUGAGGGAAGCAGGGAGGUUUUGUACUCUCAUGAGUUGGAACGGUCCGUCACAACCCGGUGCGAGGAGAUCCGGCUGCAGCAUGUCCAAAAAGUCGUAUCGAAAAAAUUUGUUCUUGCUCAUGUUAAUAUUUGUACGUACUACAGUGAAAACUACACUCAUGUCGAUGAAAUUAUCAGCGUAACUUGAAAUUUCUCUGCUGCACUCUGCAUGAUGGAUCACGUUUGGAAGAUACCCCUGGUGUUUGAAAUUGUUUGAAAUGGAAUUUUCAUGAAUUUUGAAAAACAGAAAUCUCGGUCCGAGGAUCCCUUCGACCCCCUGUACCAGACGCACUUGCUGUUUCUUGGGCGUGGCCUACACGAGCAGUACCUUUCGCUGAUGGGCGAGCAGCGCGCCUGGCGUGCGCGGUUGCGGCGGUGGCGGUCGGCGUUUCUACGCGACUGGAACAAGGUGAAUGCCGAGGAGGGGGCCCUCUUCGCGCAGUUGCUGUAUACCUACCCGGAAAUUGACCAGGCCAGCUUGGCUUUCGCGCUGGAUACCUAUACUCAGGCGCUGCUCCACGGGGCCAACGCUGCGGCUGCUCGCCGGCCCCACUUGCUCCUCAGCACGGGCGGAGCUAGUAAGACCGCGGAGCUGCUCCACCGAGAGGAAAAAUUGCUGCAACUUGUCACCUCGUAUGCCGAGCGUCGAGAGCAGCCCUUGAAGAUGCCAGUGCUGCAGCUGAACAACAAGAGUGGGAAUGAUAAAACUUCUGUGUCUGAACUACAACUACCGGCACGCGGCGAGGGGACACAGGACCUGCAACAUCACUUGGUAGGCGAGAGUGUGUCGCGGCACCUCGCGACACAGUUGCGGAGCUUUCGCAAACGGCGGUACAAGAUUUACAAAAUGUGGAUGCGCAAGACGCGCGACCUGCAACACCGUAUCUGGAGUUUUUACUGUCCCUCCUACGAAUUCGUGACCGCGCGGCUGCUUGACCAGCACGUCCAAGAGGUGAAACGCUUCAUGUCGACCAAGCUAUGCAUUGCAAAAGUAUCGUACUCGUACUAAUUGCAGUUACGCAUUACAAAUCUAGUUGUUAAUGCAAAUCAGCAUAUACAAGUUUAAUUUGUAUUGCUGAGCCAAUUCGUAUUGCGAUUUAUACCAGUACGAUGCUUUUGCACAGGAUACCAGCCCCAGGCGAUCGAGUUCCGGAUGAAAGACCCUUGCCCGCUGGAUCGCGUGUACAUGGCCCUAAAGAUCGGGUUUUCCUCGUCCUCACAGAAGAAAGCACAGGAGCAAGAGGACGGGCAAGAAGGAUCAGCAGCUUCCAGCGCGACGGGCCGCGAGGCCGGGGUAUCAACAACAGCUGCCUGUAAAAAUCUUCCGGAAGAAGAUGAUCUCGGACCUUCGGGCGCGGUGCCCUUUGUUCUGUUACCCGACGACAAGGAGGGCGACGUGGAAAUGCGAUGCCUGGAGCCGGACGAGCUGUUGCAUUUGAGUCCCGCAGAAUACCUACGCUGCAGAAAAAGGUCGUGGUCCCCACUCUUUUACAUUUAAGUACGUGUACGUCAAGAUGAAAAAUCAAAAUCUGCAAGACCGCAAGUCCGGGCAGCUUUUAUUCUUGGAACCCACGCGUGAUGACCGGCUUGGCUGCUACGCUCUGAAUUCGACCCUCUGGUAGCUAGUCCGAAAGCAUCGUGGGUUCACUCCCGUACUAGGAUACGGAUUUUUCCCUAGUAAGAACACCAUUAGCAAUCGCCCUGCAUGUUGUGCUUGUGUGGGGGCGCUCUGCCUCUGAGCAUGCAAAUAUGCAUCACAAAAAAUUCGGGAAGAUGCUGCUGGGAACCACGUUUUUGUGCUGCAUAAACUCGUCCGAAAAGCUUUUCCGGUGAUGUUUUGGCCGACCUGCUGGCGCGAAUGGAAAUUUCCAGCGGCGAGGCAAGGAAUGGCUGCUCACUGCAGCGUUCGACCCCAAGUUCUUCUGGCUCGGAGCUCAAAAAGGAGAACGAGAUCCUGAUCGUGGACGCAAAGAGCCAGGAGGAUGUCGCAGCUUUGGUACCACUAGGCCGCCGCGACGAGGGUGGGGCACGCAUACGCAGAAGUGGAUCGCCGCUGGUGCGAAGCGAUGGCGCGAGAAAGAAAUCUUCGCACCGGCAAGGGGUCGUGGUGAGAGACGCGGCCGCGCGAGCGAGGCGCUGUGGUUCUUCACGAUGGAGCGGUGUGCCCUCUACAGCAGCGGUGGACCAUCACGGUGGUGCCAAUUCCGCACAGGAGGACGAAAAGAUCCUGACCACUGAACGGGCUGAUCAGGGGAGGGCCGCACUCACUGCGGAGGAAGAGGCGGAGUGUCAGUAUUUUGACGCGGACGACUGGGAGUAAAAUCAAUUUGAUUUCAGCUGACCUCGUGCCGCGCUUCCGCAGCGAGAGGCUGUUUUCUAGUGCAAUUUUCAGGUACAAUACUAUGAAUUGAAUGUACGCAGCAAGAACUGUAGAUUUAGUUCUUUUAGAGUUACAAUAGGAACUGGAAAAGCAAUUCCACGUUGCUGGUUGAGAACGGAGGGCAUCCUCGUAUGUUUAUACCUAUUUCACUACCUGAGUUGUGCUUAGCUCCCGAUGCAAAUGCAAUUUCUGUGCCUUCAUCAACUCCGUCCCAGCAGUCUCACAUCUAAAUGAAAGCUUCUGUUUACUACAUCUAAAUGAAAACUUCUGUCAACCGCUACACGAAAGCUUCUGUUUACUACAUCUAAAUGAAAGCUCCGGAGUGCUGGUGCUGCAUUGUUUCAACCACGGAGUAGAUUGCGGUCUGCACACACACAUAAGGAACAGCACAACCGGAGCACCAGCGACUUUUUGUUAUUUUGAACUUGAAACCGAGAUCUUCUGCAUGGUAGUUGUCACAAAAGCGAUAACAAAAU